AUGUCUGUCCACGCCGACCCGCCUCCAUCGCUGGUGCGGGAACCACGCAGGUUUGAAUAUGAGACGGGAGAACAACUCGGGAAGGGUGGCUUCGCCAUCUGCCAUCGCGCCGCCCUUCUCGACAACGGCAAGGCGACCGGACGGAUGGUCGCCUUGAAGAUCGUCAGGUCGAAAAUGGAACCCCCAAAGCUUGCGCAGAAGUUUGUCACGGAGCUGCAAAUACACUCCAAGCUCCACCAUCCAAACAUUGUCGAUUUCUACCGUGCUUUCUCCUUCGAAAGCAGCACAUACGUUGUUCUUGAAAUCUGCGACAACGGUUCCCUAGCAGAUAUCCUCAAGAAGCGGAGGCAUUUUACCAUGCCUGAGAUUCGCCGUUUCCUAAUCCAGACCUGCGGCGCUGUCAAAUACCUCCACCACAGAAAUAUUAUCCACAGAGAUCUGAAGACCGGCAAUCUUUUCCUUGAUAAGGACAUGAAUGUCAAAGUGGGAGAUUUCGGUCUCGCCGCUGUGUUGAUCUCACAAAACGACCUUGGAGCGCGAAGAACUACCAUGUGCGGAACGCCGAAUUACCUCGCGCCGGAGAUUCUCGAGAAGGGUGGUAAGGGCCACAACGAGAAGGUCGAUCUCUGGGCCAUCGGAAUCAUCGCAUAUACUCUGGCUGUUGGCAAGGCGCCGUUCCAUGCGCCAAAGAGGGAAGACAUCUACAAGAAGCUCCAGACGCGCGACUACAGCUGGCCGGAUGCUGGAAAGACGACCAACGACAUUUGCCUCGAGCUAAAGGAUCUCGUGGGAUCGCUUCUGGUACACGAGGAUGACAGGCCAAGUCCGGACCAGAUUGUCAGCCACGACUUCUUCAAGCUUGGAUAUAUUCCUGCAAGGCUGGAUGUUAAAUACAAGGCAGGUGCUCCCAAAUGGCCCACAAGAUCGCUUCCUCCGUCGGCACGUGCCCGCGGCUACUCUGACGAGUGGUUCAAGCUGUGUAAGGAGUCGGGCGUCGGUGAGGUUGCGGAGGGGAAAGUCUUCUCCAUCAUUGGAGGCAGGAAGAUAAGGUCUGUCGUGAAGGACUGCGAAAAGGAACUCGCCCUUGGGCGCCAGCCGGUCGUUCCUAUCCCGUCCGACAGUGUCUAUGUGCCAUACCCAGAUCGCAAUGACUGGCCGGACGUCAACCCCUGCGGUCUGAGUGAAAUUGUGGAGGAAAAAGAAUCGUCUCAGGAAGGGGGUUAUUUGGCUGAGAUUACCGGAAACGACCGUGCCCAAUCUGCACUUAUGAAACCACCCACGAGAGGAGGCAGGUCGCUUUCUCACAAGGAGAAUGUCGCGCCACAGCCCCUUCAGACAGGCGAGAAGCUUGAGAGACCGAAGCGCACUAGAAGCGUACAGGCAACAAUUCGCACAGUUAGUGCGCAGAGACCACCAAGGCCAUCAAGAGAGAUUCACACUGCGCCAGCGGCUAAAUCCACCAGAGAAAUGCCGGCGGACUCUUCCUUAGAGGAACUAGGCGAGGUUGAGCCUAUCCCUAAGGUUCCGGCGCCGGUCAAGAGAAGACAACCUGAGAGGGUAGACUCACUGGAACCGGCUUCGCGCCCGUCCACGCCCUCCGAUCCCUCUGUGGUCCCUCACUCUGAUCCCGAGUCGGUACUUGCGCGAGUCUCGACUUUCCGCGACAACAUUGCCCGAGCUUUGGCCAACCGGCCCUACGCAACGCGGAAGCCAGCCAGUUCGUAUUCGCUCCCAUUCGUAUCGAAAUGGGUGGACUACUCCAGGAAGCAUGGCGUCGGAUACGUUCUUGAAAACGUGGUCCGAGAUGGCUACAGGCACCUGCAGUCGCUUGGAAAAGAACCAAGCUCAGUCGAUAAAGUGCCACUUGAGUACUACACCGACUGCGGCGAGAAGGGAUUGCGUAACACGGAGCUUGCAAAGGAGAGGAGACGUACCACUGGCAUUCUAUGGGCCAAGUUCGGCAAGUACAUGUGCCAGCAAGGCCCCGCCCAAGGCGACUCGGUGCAGGAAGAAGACGACGAGGUUGCUGUGUUUGUCCGGUUCUAUCAACGAUUCGGGAGCGUGGGAAUCUGGGGAUUCGGCGAUGGCUCGUUCCAGUUCAAUUUCCCCGACCACACGAAGCUUGUGCUCUCGUCAGACGGCUGCUUCUGUAACUUUACGUGUCUGUCGUUGGAGGCAGCACAGUACUUGGAGCAGUACGGCGAGGUGCCUUACAGGUACAUCAAAACGCGCAACACUCUGACGACCUCUCUGCGCACCCUACUCAAUGCUACAGGAGAAAAGGGUGCGCCGAUCAAGACGCUCGCAGAGGCGAACUACCUCAAGGAGAAACUGCAAUUCAUCAUGACGGUCAUUGACGGCUGGGUCGCGGGCGGCGGGCUGGGCUGUUCAACGCGGGAAACGGCGCGGCUCCGAUGGGAGGGACCGCUGGUGGAGGAUGAGAAGAAGCAGGAAUGGGUGACGGUGGGACGCUAUGGAGGGGAUGCUCCUCGGGGCUCAGCGUAG